CUUUCAGGUCAGUUAGUCGCCAAGUGUCCACUUGUAACUCAUUCCCUUCCCUCUCCUACCUGCUAGCCCAAGCCCAACAUUCUUAUCGAGAAGCCCCUCAACAUUUUUAUCGAGAAGCCCCUCAACAUUCUUAUCUAGAAGCCCCUCAACAUUCUUAUCGAGAAGCCCCUCAACAUUUUUAUCGAGAAGCCCCUCAACAUUCUGAUUGAGAAGAUCUUAUUUUUGGAUCUGUUGUCUUUUUUGCAUCAAGAAACCCACCUACAAAAUCAGCAGGUCAAUAUCCGCCCAACAGCUCUGUAGCUUCCAACCUCAAUGGCAUUCCUGGAAGGUUUCCAACGAAGCAGACGCUUCUUUCUGAUUGGCGGUUUUAUGGUGGCUUUCUUCUGUUCGCUGAGCUGGUAUGCUGUGAAGGACAGAAAAUGGGAUCCCAGUAUUCAGCAUUCCUGCGAAGAAUAUUGGUUCCGUAUUAAUGGGCAAAAAGAAAACAGACUGCAAAGAAUGCUGUACCCAAAGCCGGAGACCCUUAAACCUCCGAGGACUGACGUACUGACCGUGUCUCCAUGGCUGGCCCCCAUUGUUUGGGAAGGCAGCUUUAACACCGAAAUACUAAAUAACCAGUUUCGCCAAAAGGGUUGGCGUGUCGGCCUCACAACGUUUGCAAUUAAAAAAUACAUAAGGUUUCUCAAACCAUUCAUUGAAACAGCUGAGAAGUUCUUCAUGGUGGGACUCCCUGUCAACUACUACGUCUUCACCGAUCAAGCGAGCAACGUAACUGAUUUAAACAUAAUCGUUGGGACUGGGAGGCAAAUUAUUAUCCUUGAGGUCCCCAGUUACGAGCGGUGGCAGGACGUCACCAUGAGACGCAUGCAGAUGAUUAGUGACGUCUGUCAACAACGCUUUGCCUCCGAGGUGGACUACUUGGUGUGCGUGGAUGUGGACAUGAGAUUCCAAGACCACGUUGGGGUUGAGAUCCUCAGUGAUGUGUUUGGGACUUUACACCCGGCGUUCUUUGUUAAAGGGAGGGACAAAUUUACUUAUGAACGAAGGCCGGAGUCUCAAGCCUACAUCCCUGAAGAUGAAGGAGACUUUUAUUAUGCGGGAGGUUAUUUUGGAGGAAAAGUAGAAGAGGUCUACAAGCUGACCAACCACUGCCAUCAUGCUAUGCUCACCGACAAAGCAAAUAACAUUGAAGCGAUCUGGCACGAUGAGAGUUACCUGAACAGUUACUUUCUAUAUAACAAAAAGCCUACUAAGAUCCUCUCUCCGGAGUAUCUGUGGAACGAGAUGGAUGGGACCGCAUUCUACCUGAGAAAGAUAAGGUUCAUUGCACUUCAGAAGAAUAUGGCAGAAGUCCGGACCUAACUCUACAUGGUACAGCUCCCCCAAACUUUGCCAAGUACAAUAAAAAAAAAAGGAAAACUAAGUGGGACAUUUACUAAGCAAUUUUGAGAUAAUGUCGGAGUUUUUUCUUACUUCUAGAUAAUUUCGAGAUUUUCUAAUGGGUUUUUGCCAGAACUUUUUUCAUUAUUCUUCCCUGAAAAAUUUUCCAAGAGUUUUCCAAAAAUAACUUUAUUUUUUAUGAUUUUAUUAAUGUUUAGUUAACUUUUUUUGGGGGAGGAAAUAAAAAAUUCUGCAGGUUUGAUCUGUUGAGUACCAUAGAGUCCUAUGGAGGCUUAGAAUAGUAGAGGAAUAGACUCAAUCCCCUCAUUGUUUUCUAUUUUACACGUUUUCAAAGGGAAGUUAGUCCCCUCAUUGUUUUCAGUUUCUCCCAGUUUCAAGUGAAACUUAAACACAUUGUUUUCCAAGAAUAAGCUCCAAUGCUCCUAAAAUGGCUGCUGGAGCACUUCCUGUUUGAGAAAAAUAAAGAAGAUUCAUAGAAAUGAACGUUCGUUUAAACUCGUUUAAUGUUGGGGUUUUUUCUUACUUCUACUUAAUUUCGAGAUUUUCAAUUGGGCUUUCGCCAGAACUUUUCAAAUUCUGCAGGUUUGAUCUGUUGAGUACCAUAGAGUCCUAUGGAGGCUUAGAAUAGUAGAGGAAUAGACUUAAUCCCCUCAUUGUUUUCUAUUUCACACGUUUUCAAAGGGAAGUUAGUCCCCUCAUUGUUUUCAGUUUCCCCCAGUUUCAAGUGAAACUUAAACACAUUGUUUUCCAAGAAUGAGCUCCAAUGCUCCUAAAAUGGCUGCUGGAGCACUUCCUGUUUGAGAAAAAUAAAGAGGAUUCAUAGAAACGAACGUUCGUUUAAACUCAUUUAAUGUUGGGGUUUUUUCUUACUUCUACUUAAUUUCGAGAUUUUCAAUUGGGCUUUCGCCAGAACUUUUCAAAUUCUGCAGGUUUGAUCUGUUGAGUACCAUAGAGUCCUAUGGAGGCUUAGAAUAGUAGAGGAAUAGACUUAAUCCCCUCAUUGUUUUCUAUUUCACACGUUUUCAAUGGGAAGUUAGUCCCCUACUUUCUAUAUAACAAAAAGCCUACUAAGAUCCUCUCUCCGGAGUAUCUGUGGAACGAGAUGGAUGGGACCGCAUUCUACCUGAGAAAGAUAAGGUUCAUUGCACUUCAGAAGAAUAUGGCAGAAGUCCGGACCUAACUCUACAUGGUACAGCUCCCCCAAACUUUGCCAAGUACAAUAAAAAAAAAAGGAAAACUAAGUGGGACAUUUACUAAGCAAUUUUGAGAUAAUGUCGGAGUUUUUUCUUACUUCUAGAUAAUUUCGAGAUUUUCUAAUGGGUUUUUGCCAGAACUUUUUUCAUUAUUCUUCCCUGAAAAAUUUUCCAAGAGUUUUCCAAAAAUAACUUUAUUUUUUAUGAUUUUAUUAAUGUUUAGUUAACUUUUUUUGGGGGAGGAAAUAAAAAAUUCUGCAGGUUUGAUCUGUUGAGUACCAUAGAGUCCUAUGGAGGCUUAGAAUAGUAGAGGAAUAGACUCAAUCCCCUCAUUGUUUUCUAUUUUACACGUUUUCAAAGGGAAGUUAGUCCCCUCAUUGUUUUCAGUUUCUCCCAGUUUCAAGUGAAACUUAAACACAUUGUUUUCCAAGAAUAAGCUCCAAUGCUCCUAAAAUGGCUGCUGGAGCACUUCCUGUUUGAGAAAAAUAAAGAAGAUUCAUAGAAAUGAACGUUCGUUUAAACUCGUUUAAUGUUGGGGUUUUUUCUUACUUCUACUUAAUUUCGAGAUUUUCAAUUGGGCUUUCGCCAGAACUUUUCAAAUUCUGCAGGUUUGAUCUGUUGAGUACCAUAGAGUCCUAUGGAGGCUUAGAAUAGUAGAGGAAUAGACUUAAUCCCCUCAUUGUUUUCUAUUUCACACGUUUUCAAAGGGAAGUUAGUCCCCUCAUUGUUUUCAGUUUCCCCCAGUUUCAAGUGAAACUUAAACACAUUGUUUUCCAAGAAUGAGCUCCAAUGCUCCUAAAAUGGCUGCUGGAGCACUUCCUGUUUGAGAAAAAUAAAGAGGAUUCAUAGAAACGAACGUUCGUUUAA